AGGCGGCAGCAGCGACCGUUCUUCCAGCGGGCGCCUCUCCCUGCUCUCAAUCAAGACGGGCGGCGGCGGCGGCAGCGAACGGGCGCCCACUCCCCGGGCGAGCUGCAAAGGCGAGCGCUCCUGGCGGGCGGCCGGGGCCCGCGCUGCAGCCGCCGGUGCGUUCCGGUCCGGGCUGCGGCCGCCACAGGCGGCCCCGGCUCGCAGCGCCCCCCCGGCCGCGCCCCCACGCGCUGCUCGCGGCCCCGGCCAUGGAGCUGGGCGGAUGCGAGGCUCGGCCGAGCUGAGGCUGCGGCUCCCGUCUGCUCAGCCCGCUCGCCGGCGCCUGGCCCUCAAGAUGAUGAAGAAGAAGAAGUUUAAGUUUAAGGUGGACUUCGAGCUGGAGGAGCUCUCCUCGGUGCCCUUCGUCAACGGGGUCCUCUUCUGCAAAAUGCGGCUGCUGGACGGCGGCAGCUUCACCGCCGAGUCCUCCAGGGAGGUGGUGCAAGCAAACUGUGUUCGCUGGAGAAAGAAGUUCUCGUUUAUGUGCAAGAUGAGUGCCAGCGCCUCCACGGGCAUCCUGGACCCUUGUAUCUACAGAGUGUCUGUGCGGAAGGAAUUGAAAGGUGGCAAGGCUUAUGCAAAGCUGGGCUUUGCAGAUCUAAACCUGGCAGAGUUUGCCGGAUCAGGAAAUACCACCCGCCGCUGUUUACUGGAAGGCUAUGAUACCAAAAAUACAAGACAGGACAAUUCCAUUCUCAAAGUUUUGAUCAGUAUGCAGCUGAUGUCUGGUGACCCAUGUUUUAAAACACCUCCCUCCACGUCCAUGUCGAUCCCAAUCGCUGGAGAAUCGGAGUCUUUGGAAGAGGACAGGAAAGGUGGAGAGACUCUCAAGGUGCAUCUCGGAAUAGCAGAUCUUUCAGCAAAGAGUGCCUCUGUUCCAGAUGAACUUGGUGCCUGGGGACAUUCUAGAACAUCAAGCUAUGCAAGCCAGCAGUCCAAAGUAUCAGGGUAUAGCACGGGUCACUCCCGGUCAUCCAGUUUCUCCGAGUUCUGCCACAGAAGAAAUACCUCAGUGGGCAGCACAUCGACAGGAGUUGAGAGCAUCCUGGAGCCUUGUGAUGAAAAUGAGCAAACCACAGCCGAGCCGGCUCUUGACCCAGCCGAUAAAGAAGAAGGCGCUUCUGAGAAAGCCUCCAGAUGCCCAGUGAAGCAGGAUUCUGUUGAAUCUCAGCUGAAGCGGGUUGACGACACCAGAGUGGAUGCUGAUGACAUCGUGGAGAAAAUCCUGCAAAGUCAGGACUUCAGUCUCGACUCCAGCGCCGAAGAAGAAGGACUCCGGUUAUUUGUGGGGCCUGGAGGAAGCACAACCUUUGGCAGCCAUCACCUUCCAAACAGGGUCGGAUCUGGAGCCUAUGAGCAGGUAGUGAUCAAACGCUAGAGGGGAUGCCAGCGGUGGACAGACGCUUCCCUGGGGAUGUGAGCUGUGGACACCAGGUGUUUCAAGGUGUUUUAGUCAAGCGUGUGAGAAAAACAACCCGUGUUCAAAGCAAAGUUCAUCCGUGCAGAGGAAAGCAGUGCUGGCUCCUUCUCGGAGCACCCCCCCCCAGCAUCCGUACCGACCCACUUGCCCACCCUUCUCAGAGCAGAGCACCCCCCAUCAUCUGUCCAGAGCCAUCGCCCACCGAGGGAGCAUGGGAAUGGAGGGUAAAGGCCUGGUCUGCCUCAGCACCCCAUCUGAUUGUACUUUUUUUUAAAAAAUUUUUAAGUAAUCAACUUUAAUUGCAUGAUUUACAACAGUUGAAGGGUUUUGCUUUCUGUUUUCAAGUUUUACAGAACGGGGGGCGGGGCAGAGUAAGGAAGAGAGCAAGGGAAGAAACUUCGGACACUUGCCUGUUAAAGUCACCACACUGGCCUUCUGCUUGUCCUUCCGAGGCACCUCGGAGGAGGAUGGCAUUGGACACAUUUGAGUGUGAUUUUGGUGUCCCAGCAUAAAGAUCCAAGGCAGGGGCACUCAACAGCUCUGGGCUGUGUUUAAAUUUUACAUUUCAGAGACCAUGUGGGGGGUCAGUUUAAACCCAUAAAUGCUAUCCAAAUAACUGCAAUUCCUAUUAAGUACAUCUUCCAUGUCCCACUACCUAUAGCUUUGUCCUAAGUGUAUUUACGCCUUUACACAGCAAUUGACAGAAGGUGGAUGUCUGUGCUCUGGGACUCAAACACUUUAAGUACUUCAUAUUUCUAAAUGUUUCUGACGUAAGUCAAAGGGCAAGUGUGCCCAAGUCUGAGACAGCUGGACGGAAGGAGCGCUGAGCCUGUGCCUCUGGGGCGAAUAUUGUCCCUGUCAUUACUGUCAGAUGGGCUGCAAAAGCCCCAGCCGCUCCCUGUAAGAGUCAAGGUGAGCUUACUAACCAUCAGGAUGUCAGCUGCCGUAGGCGAGCUUGGAGUAAAGCUCAGUUAUGAUCCAUCCAGUGCUGAGACUUGCUGGGCUCAGCAGUCAGAAGGAAGACUGUGAGAUGCUCAAACUUCCGCAAACUGACACUUACCGUGCCGUGCUAAUGGACAGACGUCUGAGCGGCUGCCGGAUUUCACUGACGCCAUGAGACUGGUUCCUAUUUUAGCCCCUUUGACCAGAGACUGUUUUCUUUGCUGUGUCAGAGCUGAGCUGUGUGAAGCCAGCGUAGACUAUAACAUACCUCCACUACAGCUUUUAGGGUGCAAAUGUCUAGUCUGGAUCCUGUUACCAGCACAGCACACAGCUGUGUGUUUCUGAUUUUUAACAGUACCCGUGUAGAAAGAGCUAAACUUCCCUUCACUGAAGAGAAGCAUGAGGUGGUACAGAGCCAGCAAUGCCCCGGCCCCCACCUUCGCAAUCAUGUCUAAGCACACAGUAGGUCAGCACAGGCUUACUGUGGCCAAGAUCCUUUUAUGUUGACAAAGUAAGAAUAGAGUUAUGUUUGAAUAUCCAGAUUGGAAAGUUUGGGGAAAAAGUGGAAUUGUUCAUGUUAGAAUUUGCAUUUUAAUAUCACAAGAAUUAGGUAGUCUACAUUAAUCCAAAACCGUGGUUACAAACAGAUGCUGAGGUUUAUAAGCAGAUGACACCCGUGUUAGAAUGUUGUGAAUACUGAGAGAGGAUUUUCUGAAUCGUGCUAGGACAUGUUUGGAGGCUGGGGCAUUGACACGGACGUCUUUCCCAGGGAAGAUGCCAUCUGAAUAGGUGAGGACAUGCUUCGCAAGGGGGCAGGUCCAUUGUAUGCGACAAAAAGAUCAAAGGGCCUUUUGACUAAUAUUAUUUGGAGAUGUUUAUUCUGACCAUUUUAAAAGCAUACUUUUCUAUUUUAAAAAUAUGAUUUCUAGGCUAUAUUUUUUAUUGGCACUUCUGCAAAUGAUUUUGGGUCCUAAAGAUGGUAAUUAAUAACACUGGAUUGCGGGCAUGGCUCACCGAAGCCUCUCUUUAGACACACACAAGGUGCUGAAAUCAGGGCAGAGUCGCUGCCUUACUUAGCCUGGCUGCCCUGGGCCCUCUGACUUUACACAAGAUUAGGUCUUGGCAUUUUAAAUGAUACAGAAUCCUUUUCAGUCGGUAGAGUGUUUGCCUGGACCACACAAAGCCCUGGGUUCGGUCCCCAGUACACAUAACUGAGCAUGGUGGUGCACACCUAUAACCCCAGCACUUGGGAGGUGGAGGCAGGAGGAUCAGAUGCUUAAGGACAUUCCUGACUCCAUAGGGAGCUAGGGGUCAAACUAGACUGUAGGAUGCCCUGUCUCAAAAAAGGAAAAAUGAAAAUGUGAAGAGAUCUUGAAAACUGUUUUAAAAGCCUUUUUUUUUCUUUUAGCAGCUACUAAAUAAUCUUGACCUAUAUAUCAUUAUGUAAUAAAAAAUCACUUAGUAGGUAGCGACAUUGAGUAGGAAGGGGAAAGACUGGCUACGAUGCUAUAGGCAGCAGAAAUCUGGAGUCUCCUUCCCUAGUGUCCAGGGUGUGAUCUGCAUUCACAUUUGGGGUGAAGGGAUGCUCGGAUGCUCUCCUAAUCCUUCUUCCUGCAGGGCAUCUGUUGUCAGUCUCUCAGGCAGGAGGCUAGGUACCAAGCCUGCUUUUAAUUCUGCUUUGAGCUUAGUAGACGAUUGACUUGGGAGAGUAGAGGCUUACCAAGUUAGUCUUUUACUAUCUAGGCCAAAAUUUCAAGUCCAAUCUUGGAGAAUUUUUAGGUAUGAACUGUUUUUUUUCUUCCGUCCUAGAGAAAAGACCACCUGCACUCUUUAAAGCUAGUGUUUGUGACCAGAAGAGAACAUCUAAAAUACCUUGUUCAGAAGAAUGCACAGGCCAGUCAGGAGCACGUCUCCUGCCGCAAGCUGGUGCAACAAGACCAUCUAGGAUGUGAAGCUUAGGAAAAGGCAGAGGAGGCCCUGAACCAUCUGUUUACACUUGAAUGUGAGCUCCCUCUCGUGGUGGCAUUGAAGGCUCCUGAGGACAGACAACUAGUGUAGAUUAACACUUUUGCUCUUAAAGUCUUGACCAACAACCCUAAAUGCCACCAUCUCGUUCCAGCAUAAAGCCAUGAGAAUAAUAUCCAAACUAGAUUCUUUUCUACAUGUUUUUGUGUUUUUAGUUUGUUGCUGUUGUUCUUUUUGUAUAAAACUGUGAGCCACAGAAGUUGACCACUUAGCUUCCUUUGUUAUUAGAAGGGGGGGGGGGGAAUCUUCAACUAAUCUCCAAAAUGCAUACAAAUCCAGUCUCACGCCUGUAAUCCCAGCACUUGGAAGGCUGAGACAGGAGGAGCUAUGAGUUCAAGGAUAGCCUGGGUUACACAAUCUACUUGACUUCAAGGGCAUUCUGGGCUCCAUGGUAAUCAGGAGCCCAAAAUGAGACCCUGACUCAAAAAAAAAAAAAAAAAAAAAAAAUCAGGCAGCACUGAGUUUUGAUCAAAGCAUCCAGAAGCAACUCCAGAUUCUCAGACUUCCAUGUUAAGUAAACCACUUUUGAAGCAUAAGCUGACAGUUUCAUUAACUAUUUCACUGAAGCCUUUCCGAAGCCUUAGGCUUCCGCGUUUAGCACAAAUCUCCGAGAGACACAGUAAGCUCGUAUGACGGGAUUGUAUUGUUUUCUCUACAGGUCUUUCAUGCAAACAUUUCAGAAAUCCAGUUCUCUUAGAUGGUACGUCUUCUGAAUAUAACCGAGUAGGGUAGCUGGGACUGCAUUAGGCCGCUGCUGUGCGUAUUGGCUUAGCUAGGUGCUGCGCAUAUUGCUAGCAGAGGAGAUAGAUACUCCUGUAGUCAGCCUAAGUUAGGACUGCCCUGGAAAUGAGGCUGUAUUCCCUUCAUCAGAAAAUGUAUACACCAACUGUUUUAAAUGGUAAUAUGGGAUUACCAUAUGGUAAUAUGUCUCCCCAUAAGACAACGCUGAUUAAAAAAAAAUUUGAUUUGCAAUGUGUUCUGUGUUUUCCAGUGUGUCUGUUUAUCUUACUUAUCUAACUCUUUCGCCAAUAUUCAUUGGCCAAAGUCAGUGUAAGGAAAGACAGACUAUAGAAGAAUUUGAUGAAUUUUGGCAAUCUGUCUUGAGGGUUACCUUCCUCUAUAUUAUUUCAGUCAUUUGGAGUUUACACAGACUGUUUAUGAAGAAGCGUUAUUAGUAACUGAGGAAUAGCUCAGUGGUAAGGAACGUUCCAGCAUGUACAAGACCUGGGAUUGGUCCUCAGCGCUGAUAAAGGAAAAUGAAGUGAUUCCGUCAGUAUUCUGUUCUAAUACUUGGAGAAUGACCUUCAUGUUUAUAUAUUUUAUGUCUUAUGUUUUAACUAUACAGUGAUAAAAUCCAGGAAAUGUUUUAUAACAAAAUAAACUUUUGUUUGUAAAAUGUUUGUAAUAAUGUAAAAGUGGAUCUUAUACAUGUUCAAUAAAAAGCAGUAUCUCAAAAGUCUA